AUGAUUGACCUCACACGCAUACAAGGAAAUCUGGCAACAGCUGCAGUGCGAUGUUCUCCGCCUUGGGCUAUAAUUACUGUAUCGCCAACGGUGCCGAAGUCAUGUCAUUCGGUUUACUGGAAACUCUUGAUGCAGUCAUACACUGUGUCAGACAAAGGAAACGCCGAAGGUCGCGUAAGCCCCAUGGGAAACAAAGGCAACAUAAUGACCUUCUCGGAUAUCUUCCAUAUGCUAGUCCUGCCAAGUGACAGUGGCUACAAUUCGCCAUCCAAUGGAAUUGGACCAUCGUCAGUAUACUCACUAUCAGAGAAAUUUUCGAAACCUGAACCUGAUAUCAAUUCAAGAAUACUCCGUAAGCUGCGAUUUGAGCCGCACACAUGCUGGAAUCCAGGGUACUUCACUCCUUCUAAAUCAAGCAAGCGCUCACGAGAAAUCGCAUGGCGACUCAUUGAGAUGUGUGAUUCCUUCGAAAAGGAGUUCGCAAAGACCAAUGAUUUAGUAGAGAACAACAAAUCUCAUUUGAUUUAUACGAUUUCAGAAUCUCACAUGGACAGCCUCAAUAUUUCGACUAAUCGGAUUCUGAUUAACUAUGCAACAAUCUUCUGCCUGUGA